AUUGGAUUAUUCCAUUAUAUUAUCACUUUAAUAUGUGGACUUGGCUAUAGUGGAUACUCUAUCUUUUAUCAAUCGAUCGGUUUUGUUAUUAUUUCAGCAUGCGAUUUAGACAUUAAUCGAAAUAAUAAAGGUUGGCUAAGUCUAGCUUAUAUGAUCGGCCUUGCUAUCGGUGCUAGCAUAUUUGGUAGAUUGGCUGAUGCUUACGGUAGAAGAAAAAUUCUUCUAUUUUCUUUGACGAUCAAUUUAAUAGCUAUGCUACUCUCUGCAUUUGCUUAUAACUAUAACAUGCUAGUGAUUUUGGCAGCAAUAAUAGGAUGCUCACACGCAGGUCUAUUAGCAACUAUCUACAAUUAUUUAAUGGAAUUUUUCCCUCGACAGUAUAGAGGGAUCGCUGGUGCAUGUAUGAGUUCAUUUCUAAUCUUCGAGAGUUUACUUGGCUCUACUGUUGCGUUUUUUACAUUGCCGCAUUCAUUCUACAAGAUAGGAGGGAUUUAUUUUUCGAGUUGGCGUCUUUAUCUUAUCAUCGUUAUGAUACCCACAUUAAUUGGCUAUUGUAUAUUGCUUUUUCUACCUGAUAGUUUACGAUUUACGUUGGCAAAAUCCGAAAGGAAAAAGGCUGAGUUCGUAUUAAAAAAAAUCAAUCGAAUUAAUUCGUGUUUCAAAUGUAGGAAUGAUUUACAUAAGCAAUACGCGUUACCUUUGACAUCACUUCAUCCUCGCGCAAGUAAUCGUAAAGAGAAUAAUAGCAAAACCAGCCGAUUUCGACAUGAAUUAGAACACUUUCGAUUUUUUGGAAAACAGCCAUGGCUUCGACGAUUGUUACUACUAUCAGUGGGAUGGUUUGGAUUUUGUUUCGGCGAUCAAGGAUUUUCGAUAUGGCUUCCGAGUGCCGUUUCUUAUUAUACAAGCGGAAAAACAUGUUGGCAUAGUCAUCAACAUGUUCAUAACAUAUCGCAUAAUGCAAUGCAUAGUCUACAUCUUAAUAGUUCAGCUUGUCAAAAUGGUGAGAAAUUAAAAACAGUCAUUAUAGAUAUUUUAAUUGGAAACUUACUAUCGUUACCUGUCGCUAUCGGAUGUCUUUUAUUAAUUAACCGUGUGGGUCGAAAAUGGCUCUAUUUUCCUAUGAUAACAAUAUGUGCAUUGAGCAUUUUAUUAAUGGUUGUAAUAGACAACGUAUACGGAGCAUUAAUCUUGGGAUGUGUAUUUACGUCGAUAAGUAAUAACGCCUGGAUACCUUAUAAAACUUGGAGUGCAGAAUUGUUCCCUACGAAAGUUCGAUCAACAUCAACUGGCAUUUUAAAUAUAGUAGGACAUACAGGAUCAAUAUUAGGCAUGACAACAUUUGCUGUACUAUUUAAUAAGAAUUGCACAGCAACUUUGAUAAUCUUUUCAUUACUAGGCUUCCUAAGCGGAUUUACUGCGUUGUUUCUACCAGAUACA